CUCUAAUGAUAUUCUUAAAUAGAUCAUAUGUCAAUUGAGUUUUGAUUCGUACUUGAUUAAUGGGGGAAUCCACAGGACAGGGGGAGCAAGACACAGAGGAGGAUCAAGAUGAAGGGUCUAAACCAGAUGAGGAUAACGAAGAUGAAGAUAAUGGCUGGAUCGAAAAUCAGAGACGGACUGACGGAGAAAUCACGCAACCGGACGUCCGGACCCGGUUGGACCUUUCUUCCUACGCGAUCCAGCCAGCGCCUACAGCUCCGGCGUCCACUUCUGCGGUCCAGCGGCGUCACAGCUCCCUAAAAGCGUCGUCCAAAUCCAGCGAGCACCAAAUCCCGACGACUCAGCAUCAGCGGCGGCGACCAGGGCUUCCCCCUGCUCCGGCGACGGGCUCCAGCGACGUGGUGGGUCCUGUCCGGCGAGAAGACGACGGCCUCCCAAUUUCCGGUGCUGACCCGGCCCAGACGCGAAGAAUAACAACUGCAAUUCCUGAUCCAAAUUUAGGCGGCUGAAUUGACUAUAUUACCCCUGGUUCUUAAUCUACUUAAAUUUCAACUCAUGCUCUUAUGGGUCAUUUUACUCCUACUCUAUAUCUAUAUAUACUCCCCUAGAUCCAUAUUGUAAAAUUAAGCAUGCUAAGCUAGAUUUUCUAGCCUAGGUUAGAGAUGAUUGUUGAUUUAUGUUAGUUGUCAUUGGAUUAUGCUAUAUCUAUGCUUGGAUGUUAUUGUUGGCCACGAUGGCAUUCUUGUAUUUCGGAGUGGAUUCUAAAUCACCGAGGAAUCGGGAUUUAGAACCUUAGCCGCGUGUCUCUACUCUCAAGUCCUACCACGGAAAUGUGUUUGUAGUUCUCUUGAGACGAGCACCACAGAAGUGGGUUCUUAUCAAGGGGAAUCUUUCUCGAUUCUCACGGAAGUGAGAAUCGAGUUACACUUUGCACUCAAUUUCUAACCAAUGACGCUAUCCCCGUGGAUACGACAUCCCUUACUUCCACCACUUUACUCACUCAUUUACUUUUUCUAUCCACCAUUUUCAUCUUACUUCACAUCUCUUUUUGAUCGAGGGUUUUCGGUAUCAAAUGAUGUAUCAAAAAACUCUCACAUCAAGUGCUAAACUGCUAAUAAAUUAUUACGUAUCACUUGGUCUCCAAACUCAACAUGGUCAUUUUAUAUAAUAUUCGUUGCAAGUGUUUGAGAGGUUUCUUAAAUGUCAAACAUCAAUGCUCCUGUAACUAUAUGUUUUAUUUUGCAAUUUCAUUGUUUGAAAGAAGGAUCCACCUUGGAUCAUGGUCGAAAUUUACAAAUGUUUAGCUUACUGAUACUCUUAUUCUCAACAACACAGACAUUUCUAGUAGUUGUGUUGGAUUGCAUGAUUUAUUGUCCAUCUGGAAACUUUUGGUGUAUCACUAUAAAGGCGUGAUGAAGGG